AUGGUUACCAUAGAUCUGAAGGAUGCCUAUCUCCAUGUUCCUAUUGUGGUGACAUCCAGAAACUUCCUCAAGUUUGCCGGAUGGAACGGGACAAAAAUUUGUCACUUCCAGUUGACGUCUCUCCCUUAUUUUCACAAAGAUUUUAACAUCUAUUGCUGCAGCUCUACGAGAGAAUGGAGUCACGGUCGUACCUUACCUGGGCGAUUGGCUCAUCAAAGCCAGCUCGGCUCAAGAUCUUCUCUCACACCUCAGUUUUAUGAUCCGAUUCUUGGGGUAACACGGCUAGAUUAUAAACCAAAAGAAAUCCAACUUUAUUCCAACAACAAAGAUCCAGUGGUUGGGACUGAUAGUGGAUUCCAACUCUUUGCGCUUCCAUCUCCCACGUUCAAAGAUCAAGAGUGUGAGGAAACAAGUUUCCACCUUGCAAUAAAACCCAACCUGUUCUUGCAGAAGGGCUAUGAACAUCCUGGGCACUCUAACAGCUUGUAUCUCAGCAUUCUAAGAUUUGGACUUCCAGAGAUCGACCGUAUGGCAACCAGACACAUCAGCAAACUUCCAGUUUUUGCAUCUCUGUACAGACAGGACAGCCCUCUAAUGAAUUUGAAAAUAGUAAGAAACAAGACUUGCAAGAGGCAGAUCAUACCAAACCCAAGAGGAUACAGAGCUACGAAAACAGCCUGCCUGCUUGCUGUAAUAUGCACUAUCAUUCUGUACAUUUUUGGAAUUGGAAAUUACACCAUUGUUCAGCUUGUAUACAGCACAGCAGUGUAUUUACUUAUGGUCAAGAGCUGGUAUUUUGUAAAAAAUAUAUGUGAGUUUUUUGAAGAAGUUUUCCACAUGGAUACCAGGUACAAUGGUGACCUUGGGAGAGUUCUUAUAGCAAGUUUCAACACAAAAAAUUUGCCUUUUGUGAUUGUAUCUUCUAUUUUGUGUUGCAUAUUUUAUGAAGAGGAAUUGUUGCCCAGUUUUCCAAUAGUAGUCUCAUUUCUCCUCUUUCUUCUAUCAAAUAUUUUAGCCUGGCUUCUUGGGAUUCAGGAUCCUACAUCAGCAGUUAUUUCUGAAAUCACUGAAAAUAAACAGUUGAAUGUUGCACAUGGGCUAGCAUGGUCCUAUUAUAUUGGAUAUUUAAAGUUUGUUUUACCAGCAUUAAAAGAUUCAAUACAAAAAUUUAACAACGACAACAACAACUUACUUAAGUUUCCAGAAAUAUGCAAGUUGCAUAUCUUGAUACCAUUAAGCUGCAAGAUGUAUGGAGAUUUAAAAGAGGCUGAUGAAAAUAUAACAUUUUUCAAAGCAAUACCGCCACUUUAUAAGGAUCGUGCUGGAAUCAAAGGACGUGUCUUUAAAAAUAACGUGUAUCGCAUUUUGGAUGAAGACCACAGGCCAUAUUACUGUAUAGUAGAAUAUGCUACCCCACUGGCAUCACUACAUCAAAUGUCAGAUAUUGCCAGUGCAGCCUUCAGUGCAGAAGAUCGAAUUCAACAAGCAAAACUUUUUUAUCGCACUUUAAAGGACAUCUUGGAAAAUUCACUUGAAUGCCGGAAUAGCUUCAGAUUAGUAAUUUAUGAAGAUGAUGAAGCACAGGAGCCACAUAUUUUAUCCAAAGAAAUACUGAAACAUUUAAAACAACAACAUUCUGAAGAAUAUGACCUUAUUCAGGAAAAUUAACAUUCAUUGAAAGAAAAUUGUGUGUUUUAAAUUAACUUGUCUAUGCAAAAAGACACU